AUGAUAAAAUUCUGGAAAAGUGCUGCUAAAGGUAAAACAGGAUGCCCUGUGCGACCACCAGAGCCGAUUCAAGAUGUGCAAUCAGAAUUAUUAAACACUGAGCAAAACAUAGACAUAGAUGAUAAUGUGUUUGAAAAAAAAUCGUCAUUGUGUAUCAGUUUGAAUGACAUACUGUACGGAAAAGCUGCAAUCAAACACUUUAUAACAUACAUGGAAGGUAUUAAUCAGCAAUGCCUCAUAAAAUGCUGGUUUGAAUUGGAAAAUUUCAAAGUCUAUUUUUACAAUUCUAAAGAAAACAAUGAAGAUUUCCGGUCAAAAUUAAUUCACACAAGAAGUUUAGAUAACAAUUCUCAUGAAAAUGAUUUUGAGAGAAAUUGUGAAAGUUUUACAUCACAAAUAUCUAAUUGGAGAUCAAGCAUUCCCAAUUUGAGAAAAACUAAAAGUGAAUGUUCUUCAAGUUCCCCUAUUGAAUUUAAGAAUCAGGACGAUUGUAAUUUUAUAAGUGAUAAAAAUGUUGAUAUUACUGACAAAGCAAUUAGUAUAUUUAAAAAAUAUGUUGCUUUAGAAGCUCCAAAUAAAUUAGAACUCUCAGAUUCUGUAAGAAAAUUAGUUAUAUCAAAUAUAUGUAAACCAGAGGGUCAAAUAGAAGAAGACUGUUUCAAGGCGGUACAGGAUGCUUUAUAUUAUACAAUAGAAAAAGAUUUUUUCAGUGGAUUCCAAGACAGCCCACUUUACAUUAAGUCACAAAUAGAUAUUUUGACAAGUGGUUGUUUGUGCUUAAAAGAUAUUUUAUACAAUGAAACGAUUCUAUUCUAUUAUACUGAAUAUUUGGAACAAGAAAAUUGCAGUAAAUUACUUGAAUUUUUAAUAUCAGUGACUAAUUUUAGGGAUAAUUUAAUGAAUAACAAUCCUAGCCUUGAGCAAGCACAAGGUGAUGCUAUUGUUUUAUAUGAUAAAUAUUUCUCACUGCAAGCUACAAGUCCACUUGGAUUUUCAAGUGAUGUUAGAUUAAAAGUUGAAAGUGACAUCUGCAGUGAACUUGGUCCCAUAGCUAGCUGUUUUGAUUAUCCAUAUAAAAUCAUUUACAAAACUCUCAGCAAAUAUGUUAAAACUUUCUUGAGUUCCGAAUUAUAUUACACUUAUCUAUCAGAAAUGAUGAAAUCUGUUAACCAAAUGUGGUCUUCAAAUUAUAAAUCAUAUUCAGAUUGUAGCAGUGAAUUUAGUAUAAGUACACAAAACACACUUUUAGCAAUGGGUGACCAACAAUUUAGGAAAAAACGAAACCACUCUGUACCUGAUAUGACUAUAGAUUCUAAUCAACUUUACAAUGCUGACUCUUUAUGGCAAAGGAAGAAAUAUGAUGGCCUAAGCCUUGGAAGGAUUAAUAGUUUAGGAAGAUUUGAAUCAAAAUUUGAACCUGACCCAGACAAAAAAUGUAAAUCGGUUCUAAAGAAAAUGGUAAGCAAAUUCACACCAACAACCUCCUCUAAGGUAGAAGAGGAAAUGGCUUGGCAGAUAGCACACAUGAUUGUGAAAGAUGUAACUGAUCUAACCAUGUCACCACCAGAAAAUGACAAUGAUAAUAUUUAA